CGGGCAACCACUUAUUAGAAAUUAGAAUACUAGUUUAGUUAGCAUAAUUAUUCGAAUGGCACGUCAACUUUCCCACUAAACCAGACGAAUCCAUUUCUCAAAUCUCAAUCAUUAACUGCCCAAAAAGGCUAGCAAAAAAGCAAGGGACUUGAAUCAUUUUCAUGUGCUGCUGAUUCCCAGUACUUUUAUUUAACAAAGCAAUUUAUUUUUAUAUUAAUAAAACAAAAGAGAUUACUUGCAAAAAGUCACCACCCUUUUUUUCCCUUUUUCUUUGCCGAUUAACGUUCAUUUUUCUCCAAACAGUUAUAGAUUCCGUUGCGGCUCAUCAGUAAUCGGAAAGAAUGUUGCAGAUGAUCUAAUUCCCAUGUUGUUGCGAAUUUUGGCAGGUUUUGAAUAUAUUUGUUGAUAAAUUGAUUUGAUGGGAAACAAAAGCUCGAGCCCUAGGGAUGGGGAUAACUGGAGACAAUCUUCAACCGACCGUUCAAGUUCGCCUGCAGGGUGGCAGCAUGCGUAUGGCCAAUCUGUAUUUUCACAGUACGCUCAGAAUUAUCCGGUGGAAAAUCCUUAUCCAGCGGGAUAUCCACCAGCAAACUAUGAGCCUCCUCCGGAUUACGAGACCUCAAGCGAGCCGUAUAUGCCCACUCAACAAAACGUGCCUCCGUUACGUCAAAAGAAGCUGGACAGGAGGUACUCAAGGAUUGCCGACAACUAUAAUUCAUUAGAGGAGGUAACUGAAGCUCUUGCACGUGCUGGUCUUGAGUCGUCCAACUUAAUCAUUGGGAUUGAUUUCACUAAGAGCAAUGAGUGGACAGGAAAGAGAUCGUUUGGUGGGCGAAGCUUACAUCACAUUGGAAGUGGUCUCAACCCAUAUGAACAAGCAAUAACUAUUAUUGGGAAAACGUUGGUGGCGUUUGAUGAUGACAACUUGAUUCCCUGUUUUGGAUUUGGGGAUGCAUCAACGCAUGAUCAAGAUGUAUUCAGUUUCUACCCCGGUGAGAGAUUUUGCAAUGGAUUCGAGGAAGUUUUAAGCCGAUAUAGAGAACUUGUUCCAAAUUUGAAACUGGCCGGUCCGACAUCUUUUGCGCCAAUAAUUGAAAUGGCAAUGACUGUUGUUGAGCAGAGUGGGGGCCAGUACCAUGUUUUGCUAAUUAUUGCGGAUGGGCAGGUUACCAGAAGUGUUGAUACUGAACAUGGUCAGUUGAGUCCUCAGGAGCAGAAAACAGUUCAAGCAAUCGUUGAUGCUAGCAAGUUGCCCUUAUCCAUUGUUUUGGUUGGGGUUGGAGAUGGCCCUUGGGAUAUGAUGAAGGAAUUUGAUGACAACAUCCCUGCACGCGACUUUGACAAUUUCCAGUUUGUCAAUUUCACAGAGAUCAUGGCUAAAAAUGUAAACCAAAUUCGCAAAGAGACGGAAUUUGCUCUUUCGGCAUUAAUGGAAAUUCCAACUCAAUAUAAAGCCGCGCUGGAGCUAAAUUUGCUGGGUGGAAGGAAAGGAAAUAUUAUUGAGAGGGUUGCUCUUCCUCCUCCCGUGUAUGGUUCGACUUUUGGCAGCAAUCCAAACCCUUCACGAGCAAAUACCUUUCAGCACAGUUCAAGUUCAUACUAUGAGAGUAAUUUUCCAGCUGAUGCAGCUCCUUCUGCUCCAAGCUCAACUGCUCCAAGCUCAAAUUAUGAACAUCAGAAACUGAAGCCAGAAAUUUUGUUAGAUGAUGAUGUAAGUAGAAUUUGGGAGGAGGUGGUUGGAAGAUCACUUAUUAGGAGGUCGAGGUUCACAAGAGUACACAUUAAGCGGAGAUUUAGGGUGAAAAUCCCAAGAAUUAAGAGAUUGUUGAGUAAAAAAGCAAGUUUUGUGAAGAUUGCUUGGAUUAAGGUGUGCAAAAGGUUGAAGGAAAGCCAGGCUCAUUUUGGUGAUCUUUUUGCUGGGAAUUAUAUGUUUAUGCAAGUUACUCCAGCUCCGUUGAAUUAA